AUGGCAGGGACAGAAUGGGUGACAGCCGAACAAAAGGAAUUUCUGCAGGGAUUGUACAAUGAUUUCCUUAAGGCACAGCUCGAAGCAACCUUGGCAGCCUUCUGGACUGAGGUUUAUCGCACCUGGUUUGAAAAAUGGCCCGAAAUCAGCAUCAUGUACCCUGGUGUUCCAGACCAUGAAUCCUUAACAGAAGAGCAGAAUGAAUUGUUAGGGAUCGCGGUCAAAAAAAGGCAUCAGAUGCUCGGAAACAGGGCGAAGGGAACUCAAGUUCACACAGUGGCAGAGAUAUUUGCCAAAUCAAGCCACGGUGCUGAUGUUCACAUCAAGCUGCGAAAUGCUAUUGAUUCCGGUAGUAUCGUCACUAAAGGAGAAAAGCUUAACGCCAUGAGGAAAUUAGCUCAAGAAGCUUACACAGCUGCCAGUCCUGAUGUUCAGGCAUCUUGCAUCGCCACAGUGCAAGCAGAACGUGAUGCGAAAGCAAGUGAGGUGCUUAAGCAGAAGCGUGCCCCAGAAGAAAGGACAAACACAGAGCUCGCAAAGGCACUUGAGGAGUGCCCAGGUCCUAUCGCGCAUUUCCUGCAAGCAAUUCACGAGAUGACAGGGUUCCACUGGUCAAUUAUGGGUGCAGGACCUGACCCUCGCUACAAUGGUGACAUCAAUGUCAUCAGUUACCAUACUGGAGUGAAUGAGCAGGGUCAAAACUGGAUGCAAGCGACUCCCGAGUUCAAUGAAAGACACCUUAAGCCGUUCACUGCGUUUGUCUCGUGUCUUUUCCCGGAACAUAUGAGGAAGACACGGGCACUCAGCUAUGUCCCCCCAACGCCCUCUCAACAAGAUACAUUGGUGCUUGGAGCUGAGCAAGGAGUCCCUGAGCCUGGGAUGCAGGUAUUCAGUCAUGCGCCGUUACCCCCUGCAUCUGCCCCGAUUGCAUCUUUGCUACUCUCUUUUGAUACUCCUGACUUCGCUAGUUUGUGUGCCAGUGGAAGCAGCGGUUACAUGGAGUUACCGACCUUCGAUAUGUACGACGAUAACUUGAAUGUUCCACCCUCAUCUUCGACCUCUCUUAUGCCAUACCUCAACUCACCAUCCUCUUCGCCAAUCUCCUCAUGGAAUCGCGGUGCACGUGAUUCACAAAACUACACUUCUCCUCCUCACGUUCGAUCUCGUGAUAUACUCGACAGCUUUCUUGACCAGACAGCUCCAUCUGAUGCUCCCAAAUUCAACUUCCCUCCGAUUUCUGCUCCAGCCGGCGCCUUUUUGGAUGUCCCACAACCAUUGGGCACAGAAUCUGGGGGCAAUGCAGCUGCAGCUACUGCGGACCUUGCCCUUGCAUCUUCAGCCGGUGAAGACGCAAUCACUGAAGCCUCCAAUGACCCUCAGCCUCCGUUAGGCACGGACUCGGAAUCUGUGGACGCAAUUGUUGCUGACGCUCCUCCGACGGUCGGUGCAACAAUUGUUGCUGAUGUGGCAGCUCCCCAAACGCUCGCUCCAAUGGCAGCUCCUCAAACACUCGCUCCAACAAUUGUCACUGACGUGGCGGUUCCUCCAGCAGUCAGGAAGACUGGGCGUGUCCGCAUGGAGACAACACAACUUGUACAGGCCAACAACAUUGGCCAAAAUAUGAAGCGAGUGAGGCCUGCUGCCAGACAUUCCAUUGCAAGUGGACCACCAAAGAAUAGCAUUCACUUAGUACAAAAUCAUGAACCAGCCAAGGGACAAAUUUGGCCGCAGAAGAGCCAGAAGGAGCGGAAGUCCAGAGGGAAGGAACAGGCCUAG